AUGCACAAAAGCAACUUUGUAGUACAAAAUAUGUCAGCUAACAAGAUAGCCCCCAAGAGCAGAGUCAAAUCCAAGCAUGAUUUCAUCAGUGAGAAGGUCAUUCCUUCCAUAAAGAUAUGGAAUGACAACACCAAUAUCGACAAGACUGCUCAUAAGAGUAAGGUAACCUUCUUCGAAACUGAAUCAAACAUGAGUUCUCGAAGCAAUAACACCCGAAUCACCAGUACCCGAUCUAAAGGCAGAAAGACAGCUCGAAGUUCAUGUCGAAAAUACAGUCAGAAAAUCGCUAAGUUCAAGAACAUCAUCAGUGGGGAUGAGAACAUCGACGAGAGCCUCCUUGAGAAGAUGGAUUACUUCUAUAAACCCUAUGAAAAAUAAAUCCGAUGCUGGAGCUCCAAUCUGUAUCAAAUUUGACCAGGCCUCGCCUGUCAAGAAAACAAAGGUUAGAAAUUUUUCUGAAACUUCGAAAGAGAAUUGGAAAUCAAUCUCUUCCAAAGUUCUCAAGUCUACCACUAAGGACUUCAAGGACCUCAUCAAAGCUGUCAAUGGGAGAUUCUACUUCAAGAUCAGGAAAGAAUCCGACUAUUUGAGACAGACAAAAAGCAAAAGAGAGGCAGGCCUCGGCCUUAAUCUCUUCAGGAGGGCUGUUUUGAGCCGCCUCACCAAUGUUGAUAGGUUAAAGAGGAAUAAUGCUAAAGGAAGGGAAGAUAGGCUCUUGAAUCCAAGAAGAUCCCUUUUAACACCUGUCUUAAGUCCUAAGAAGUGCAAAAACUUGAAAAUCCCAGCUGAAAUCCCAUGACCACUAAACAAAUCCAUGACUCCUCAGAACCUCUUUAUCACUUCUAGGCCUAGAUCUAGCUACUUGAGCACUUCAGUAAUUUCACAAAGAAAAGGGUCAAAAUUUAAAUUGCCUCAAAAUCUUCAAAAUUCUAAAGCGGCACUUUCAAAAAUACCAACAAAACAGUGUAAAUUUCGAAAACUUUCGAAUCUAAAACACAACUACACUCCUUCGCAGAAAUUCAAGGUUGCUAAACUCGCCAUAGGCGCUUUGGCUAACUAG